AAAGCACCUUCGGCCGGUUUUUGCAAAGACUGAAAAGCCAUUGGUGUACCUCUUUUUUCUCAAAAAUAGCAACAGAUGACAGAUGCUUCUAACAAUGGCACCCAAGCUCCUCUCUCCCCUCUUCCCAUGGCUUAUUAUACUGACCCUCUUCCUCCUCUUCCUCUACUCCUCACUCCUCCCCUUCCACCCACCCUCUCCACCAACCCCAUCCAACAAGUUCCCCACUUUACCCUUCUGCAAUUUCUUCAAAGGUCAUUGGGUCCAAGACCCCAACCGCAGACCCAUGUACGAUGAGACCUGCCCAUUUCACAGAAACUCCUGGAACUGCGUCAGGAACAAGAGGGACAACAUGGGAAUCAUCAAUUCUUGGAAAUGGGUCCCUCAAGGUUGCGUCUUGCAUCGGAUCGACCCGGCACGGUUUCUGGGUCGGAUGAGGAACAGGAAUAUUGGGUUCGUCGGCGACUCGCUGAAUGAGAAUUUUUUGGUGUCGUUUUUGUGCAUUCUGAGAGUGGCUGAUGCGGGUGCUAAGAAGUGGAAGAGGAAGGGUGCUUGGAGAGGAGCGUAUUUUCCCAAGUUCAACGUUACGGUGGGGUAUCAUCGGGCAGUGUUGCUCGCUAAAUAUGAGUGGCAACCAAAACAGACUGUGGGUGGGGAUGAAGAUGGAUUGAAAGGAACUUAUCGAGUAGAUGUUGAUAUUCCUGCCAAUGAUUGGGCCAACAUUGCUGAUUUUUAUGAUGUCCUAGUUUUCAAUACAGGGCACUGGUGGAAUUCUGAUAAAUUUCCAAAAGAGAGUUCUCUCACUUUUUAUUGUGCGGGCAAACCAAUACUACCUCCCCUUGAUAUAUUAGAUGGAUUUAAAGUUGUUCUUGAGAAUAUGGUACCAUACAUACAAAACAAAGUUCCUCACAAGACACUCAAGAUAUGGCGUUUACAAUCUCCAAGGCAUUUUUAUGGAGGUGAUUGGAAUCAGAACGGCAGCUGCUUGUUCAAUAAGCCGCUUGCGGAGCAGCAGCUUGACUUGUGGUUUGACCCCAGCAACAAUGGACCAAACAAAGAAGAAAGACUGCUGAAUCGUCUGAUUGAAGGUGCAUUACAAGGAACCGAUAUUCAACUGCUUGACCUGACUCAACUGAGUGAAUUCAGAGCAGAUGCCCAUCCAGCGAUUUGGUUGGGACAGAAGGAUGCCGUUUCAGUCUGGGGCCAGGACUGCAUGCACUGGUGCUUACCUGGUGUACCGGACACGUGGGUUGACAUAUUAUCAGAGCUGAUCCAUGUUGGGUUGGAGUUGGGAUGAUGAACAACAGUUGGUACACCUAGACUGGAAAUUGCAUACAGGGAUGACUUUCUGUGGAAGCCGGGUUGAGCAGAAUCAACUGAUUCUUUUGUAACACAAAGUAGGCCGAGAUAAAGUGGGGCAUUGGCUGCAUACAAUCACGGCACAAGUUUAAUUGGAAAUUUGUUGACAUCUUUUUUUAUGGAGGAUGGCGGCUUUCUGUUCCUUCUGUUGUGAAGGAGAAUGGCACGGUACAGAUUCCACUGAAACUGUAACAAAACCAGACCGCGAAGAAAAAAAUUGUAACAAGUGAGAGGCAUCAUAUUUCUUCAUUUUUCAUUGAAAUUAUUUCCGGAGUCAGAGAAGGUAGAUCCUGGAUAGAUCAUGGUUUUCUCGAUCCUUUAGGUUAAAACAGAAUUAUCAAGCAUUCAGGAUCGGGUUUAUGUUUGUAAUUCAAACUCUUUGCUGCUUAAAUGCUUGCUUUCUAAAGAAAUGCAAAUCAAUUCAUAUGUUA